UUCUUCUUCUCAUUCUGGUUUUAAGCGUUGACGGUGCGGCAUCAGCUUUGUGUUCGCCAUCGCAGCCCUUGAUCGCUUCGGAAACAGGUUUGCAGCCGGUUAGUGUCCCCCCCUCAAGCGUCGGAGAAUCUGCUCUAGUGCCCAAUCAUGGAAGUGGAGCAACCUGUGGACAACGGAAGUCCGAUGCCCCAGCGGCAGCAGAACCAAAACCAGGGCGGUGGUGGCCCAGGGGGACGAGGUGGCGGCGGCGGCGGCGGCAAACAGUUUCAGAACAACCGGAACAGGAACAACCGUGGGGGCGGCGGGGGUGGAAUGAAUCGCGGAGGGGGCGGUGGCCGGAACAGCUUCGGCGGUGGAAAUCGUGGUGGUGGCGGCGGCGGUGGCGGUUUCCGGCAGAAUCAGGAUAAUCAGGAUGGUAAUGGCGACGGAGAUAACCAGCAGCAGAACCAGGGGGGAUUCCAGAACCGGGGCGGUGGCCGCGGCGGACGGAAUCGAUUCAGCGGCGGUGGCGGCCAGGGUGGUGAUGGUGACCAGGGCUUCGACCGGCGCCGUAGCGGACCCGGCGAGAUGUACUUCAUCGGCGAGAAGCUGCGCAUGCUGCAGGGCCAGCUGCUGGACAUUCCGCCGAUCGACGAAACCGACGCCAAGUUCUCCGGCCGCAACCGGCUGUACGUGGGCAACCUGACCCCGGACGUGACCGAGGAGGAGCUGGUCGAGUUGUUCCUGCCGUAUGGUGAGAUCACCGAGGUCUUCAUGAACAUGGAGAAGAACUACGCGUUCGUGCGCGUCGACUUCUUCUCGAACGCCGAGAAGGCCAAGCGCGAACUGGACGGCACCUCGCGCAAGAACCGCAUCCUGAAGAUCCGCUUCGCGCCGAACGCGACCGCCCUGCGCGUCUCCAACCUGGGUCCGUUCGUCACGAACGAGCUGCUAUACCGCGCGUUCGAGGUGUUUGGCCCGGUCGAGAGCGCCAAGGUGCAGGUCGACGAGCGCGGGAAAUCCACCGGCGAGGGCAUCGUCGAGUACAAGAACAAGCCGAGCGCUUCGGCCGCGUUGAAGCACUGCAGCGAAAAGUGCUUCUUCCUGGACUCGUCGCUGCGUCCGUGCUUCGUCGAACCGUACACGUACCAGGACAACAACUCCGACGGCCUCUCGGAGAAGCUGAUCAACAAAAAGAUUCCGGAGUUCUUAAAGUCCCGCCAGCAGGGGCCGCGUUUCGCCGACCAGGGUUCGUUCGAGCACGAGUACGGCCAGCGCUGGAAGCACAUGCACGAGAUGUACAAGCAGAAGGUCGAGGCACUAAAGCGCGACAUGGUCAUGGAGGAGGAGAAGCUCGAGGCGCAGAUGGAGUUUGCCCGCCACGAGCACGAGAUCGAGCAGCUGCGUGAACAACUCCGCAUGCGGGAACAGGACAAGGACCGCAAAAAGGCCGAGUGGGAGAUGAAGGAACGCUUCGUCAACGAAUCCCGCGAGCGACUUCAGAUGCAAAUGUCCGACCAGCGAAUGGGCUUUCAGGGCAACAACAGCUUCAAUAACCGUAACAAUUCCUUCGAUAUGAUGAACCAGGGUGGCGGCGGCGGAAAUCGCAACAACAGCUUCGGAGGGGAGGUGCGCGACUACGGCCACGGAGGACAAAAGAGACAGUCUCGCUUCGAUAACCACGAAAUGAACCAAAUGAACCAGCAGCAGGAUCAACAGCAAGGCCAGCAACAGCAGCAGCAACAGCCCCAACAAGGUCUGCCAGAUCAGCCAGAACAGCAGGGACCGGGACAGGAACAGGGUCCGGGAGGUCCUGCCGCCGAAGGUGGCAUGGGAGACGCUGCUAACAUCGUCGGAGGAAACGGCGGAGGCGUUGGAGCUGGCCCCGUUGGCAUUGAGCAGCUGUUGAGCAACGCGUUUGGCGGCGGCGGUGGCAACAACAAUCGCAACAACAACCCGUGGAACAACGGCGGAGGCAACAACGGGGGAAACCGCGGCGACGACUUCCAGAACAAGCGAAGGCGCUUCUAAGCUCCUCUGCAAUCUCAAUGCUCGAGUCCAUUUUGCGCGCGUGAGUGUGUGUGAACAGACUGCAACACGGAGCGCAUCAGCCGUACGCAUUUGAAGCAGAUCAAGUGACUAUUUAUUUUCAUCGUUUACGCGUACAAGUUCCACAGAAAACCACCCUACGCGAUCGGCACCGCACACAACUCUCUCUGUGUGUAUUCACUUCCUUCCAGACCACUUUUUUUUUAGUUUUACUCGCGCGCUUGUAGGCUAAGAGGACGCAUUGUUUUUUUAGUAGAUUUAGACGCACGGCCUCCCUGUGUAAAUUGUUUGGUUAGGACAAAAAUGUGCAUUCGCCACUCACAAUUUUAAAAAGUAGUCUCAACCGGACUCGCGAGCGUACUGGUUUGUUGUGAUGGAACUCGUUGCGUUCAAUGCUUUAUUUAAACGAAUAUACUUUUAUUCGAUAGGAGACAAACAAAAAAACAAAACAAAUCUUAUAGUUUAUUAAUCAGUCACGAGAGAUGCAAAAAGAUGCGCCAUGCGUAUUCGAAUACGGAAAUUAAAUAACAUUUGAACCCCAGAUUAAACAAACAAAAAAAAAAAACUAACGGAUAGAACAUAAACAUUGAGUGUAAUACGCAUUUGUGUCUGUGGUAGCGAAAGCAAUGCAUUAGGAGAAAGGAAAAAGACGCUCAUCAACAACAACAUAAAACAAAAAAAAACUGAGAAUGUACACACCACCAUAUUGUGUACACACAAACACUUUUGUCUCCACCGGCACAUGCAUGCGAGUUUGAGAAAAUAAUGUACUUUGAAUCAACACAGUGUAACAAUUAUGACAUAAAUAGUAUUCAAUGAAAAAGUA